UGUACAGCGGUCUCGGGUGGAAUGUUUGUUGAUGUACAGCUAUAAGUAGAAACGUAUCAAAAUUACUGUUCUAAUAUAUAUUUAUCGGAGUAAUGUUGAAAUCAAAAACUUUCGUAAAGAAAACCCGAUCAGGCGGGAUUAUGAAAAUAGUGCGUGAGCACUACCUGCGAGACGAUAUUUGGUGCGGAAGUGAAGUUUGUACUGAAUGCAAUCAAGAAGAGUCUGUGUUGCAGAAAGACGCUUGCAUUGAAAGCAACUUGUGUUCUUUCCCCCACUAUCUGCUCCCAGACACAAAUGUUGUGUUGAGCCAGAUUGAUAUCCUGGAGGAUCCCUUGAUCAAGAACGUGAUCAUUCUGCAGACUGUACUCCAAGAGGUCCGCCACAGGAGCGCUCCCAUCUACAAGCGAUUGAAAGACAUCCUUCAUGACAAGGAAAAACGCUUUUACACUUUCACUAACGAACAUCACAGAGAAACGUAUAUAGAGAGAGAGCAGGGGGAAAGCGCCAACGAUCGUAAUGACAGAGCCAUCCGCGUAUCUACAAAGUGGUACAGUGAUCACCUGAAAAACACCCCCACGGACGAGGGGUUAAAGGUUGUUCUGCUGACCAAUGACCGGGGCAACAAGGAGAAAGCAGAGGAGUCCGGCCUGCUCACAUACAGAUGUGAGGAGUACGUCAAGAGUCUGAUAGCCAACCCUGAGCUGGUGGAUCGACUGGCGUUGACCAACGAUGACAAGAAUGAGAUCACCAGCAGUAGGAUGUUGUUCCCGGAGCACCUGCCCCUGUCUAGGAUCCAGUCUGGGAUUAAGAGUGGAACCUUCCAACAGGGGACGUUCCGGGCUAGCAGAGACAACUACCUGGAGGCUGCUGUGUUCGUCCACAGAGAAGGAGAUGACAGUACAGAGGUUCUGAUCCAAGGCCUACAGAACUUGAACAGGGCUGUCCAUCAGGAUGUGGUUGCUGUGGAGAUCCUGCCUCUGAACCAAUGGGUGGCUCCGUCCUCUGUGGUGCUGCAGGACGAGGGGCCCAAGGAGGAUGAUGUCACAGAGGAGGAGGAGGCAGAGUUGAAGAGGGGUCUGUCUGGGGCGGAGUCACGGAAACCCACAGGCAGAGUGGUGGGCAUCAUCAAGAGGAACUGGAGACCCUUCUGUGGCAUGCUCUUCCUGUCCCAAAUCAAAGAGGCGACCCGUCACCUCUUCACCCCAGCUGACCGUUGUAUCCCCAGGAUCCGCAUCGAGACCCGCCAGGCGGCCACGUUGGCAGGACAGAGGAUCAUGGUGGCUAUCGACGGCUGGCCCAAGCACUCCAGAUACCCCAAUGGUCAUUUUGUUCGUAGCCUGGGCAGUGCAGGGGACAAGGAGACAGAGACGGAGGUGCUACUGCUGGAGCAUGAUGUCCCACACCAGGACUUCUCACAGGCCGUCCUCAGUUUCCUCCCCAAGAUGCCCUGGAACAUCACAGAGGAGGACAUGGCUGUGAGAGAGGACCUGAGGAACCUGACAGUCUGCAGUGUGGAUCCUCCUGGCUGUACUGACAUAGAUGAUGCUCUGCACUGUAGAGACCUUCCCAAUGGGAACCAAGAGGUUGGUGUCCACAUUGCUGAUGUGAGCCACUUCAUACGGCCAGGCAACACCAUGGACCUGGAAGCAGCUAACAGAGGGACUACAGUCUACCUGACUGGAAGGAGGAUCGACAUGGUUCCUGAACUGCUGAGCUCUAACCUGUGUUCCCUACGGUCCAAUGUAGAGAGGCUGGCCUUCUCUUGUAUAUGGGAGAUCAACGACAAGGCUGAGAUAGUUAAGACCAGAUUCACUAAAAGUGUCAUCAACUCCAAGGUAGGGGGAGAGCCUCCCCUGACGUACGCUGAGGCCCAGAUGAGGAUUGAUGACACCAACAUGAAUGAUGACACCACCAAGAGCUUACGAGGCCUGAACAGACUAGCCAAGAUCCUGAAGAAACAGAGGAUAGAGAAAGGUGCGUUGACUCUCUCCUCGCCCGAGGUUCGCUUCCACAUCGACAGUGAGACUCACGACCCCAUAGACCUACAGACCAAGGAGCUCAAGGAGACCAACUCGAUGGUGGAGGAGUUCAUGUUGCUGGCCAACAUCUCAGUAGCUCAGAAGAUUUAUGAUGAGUUCUCAGAGUGUGCUCUUCUCAGGAAGCACCCCGCCCCUCCUCCAUCUAACUAUGACAUCCUCAACAAGGCUGCCAAGUCUAAGGACUUGGUGAUCCACACGGACUCGGCCAAGGCUCUAGCUGACUCUCUGGACGCGGCCCAGGUGGACGGCUUCCCUUACUUCAACACAUUGCUGCGUAUCCUAGCAACACGAUGCAUGAUGCAGGCUGUGUACUUCUGCUCCGGGAUGGACAGUGACUUCCACCACUAUGGACUGGCCUCUCCCAUCUACACCCACUUCACAUCACCUAUCAGACGAUACUCUGACAUCAUAGUGCAUCGGCUGCUGGCUGUAGCCAUCGGAGCAGACAGCACCUACCCAGACCUGAUGGACAAACACAAGCAGUCUGCCCUCUGCAACAACCUCAACUACAGACACAAGAUGGCCCAGUACGCACAGAGAGCCUCUGUAGCCUUCCACACACAGCUGUUCUUCAAGAGCAGAGGCAUCCUGAACGAGGAGGGAUUCAUCCUGUUUGUGAGGAAGAACGCCAUCAUCGUCCUCAUCCCUAAGUUUGGUCUGGAGGGAACAGUGUUCUUCGAGAACAAAGACAAACCCAGCCCCAAACUGAUCUUCAACGAAGAGGCUCCUAGUCUGACGGUGGAGGGUCACUCCUUCAACAUGUUUGACAAGGUCAAAGUGACCAUCAGUCUGGACGCGUCCAACGUCCAGCACCAGAAGAUCAGGAUGUCCCUGGUCGAACCUGUGAUCUGUGGAGUGAGUGUUGCGCCGUCUGAGCCCGAACCAGAGGCCAAGAGAGCUAAACUGGACCGCUGACUAACGCCAUCCUCAGAAUGAAACCUUUCUCUUAGCUCAGUUUUGAGUUAUUUUAAAAUGUUAAGCUUUUUUUCUACAUGACAAGCACAGAACAUCCUGUGGUUAAUAUGGUUAUGAUUUUAAAACCUUCAGUCAUAGAAACAUUCAGAAAACUUUUUUUUCCCCCCUUGACCUAUAGAACGUCAACCUUCCAGAUGAAUGUUAUUGAGAUGACAGUAACCUGUAGAAUGGGGUGAUGUACUGUGCCAUGAUUAUAAUGGAUUUCUAUUCCUGACCCAUGGGGG